AUGGAAAAUCUUACCAAAUUUCAAAAUUUGAAGGAAUUGAAAUAUUUGUAUAGCUUCAAUUGGAAUUUUAUCCCACAAAGUUUGGAAUUUUUACAUUGUCAAAUUACAUCUACUACACAACCAUGCGUGUUACCAAAUUUAAAAAGAUUGAGAUUAGACCAGCCAAAUUACAAAUCAUCGAAAGAAUUAGAUUUAUCAAAAUUUCAUCAAUUGGAAGAAAUUCAAAUGAAUAACAUGUUAGAGUUUACAUUGUUACCAGAUAACUUGAAAAUUUUAAUACUCAGUGAGUCUUCAUUAUCAAUUUCACCAUCAUUAAAUUUUUAUCAACUAAAUGUUUUAUGUUUGGAAGCACCAUUAACUUUAAUUUCAUCAAUAAUGAUUCGGAAUAAAUUACCGAUCAAUCUUAAAGUUUUGUCAUUAAUUGAAAGAGAAGAAUCUAAAGCUAUAAAAGAUAUAAAAGUUGGUAUUGAUAUAGAUAGUCGAAUUAAAGAAAAAAAGAAGUUUGAAGCUCCAAAAAAUUUACAUACUUUAGAAAUCAAAUUCAAUGAACCAUUCUAUAUGAAGCAUUUAAUUUUACCAAACUUAGCAUGUUUAAUAUUACAGAAUCUUAAUUUUUCCAUCAUUGAGUCAAAUAAUAAAACUUUCAAUUUAUAUGAGAUCAAACAAGAUAAAGCUUUGAAAUGGCAACUUCCUGCAUCAACCACAAUUUUGAAGUUAAACAACAUUAAUUCUGUACAAUUGGAAAUUCCAUCUAAUAUUAGAGUCUUACAAUUGGAAAACUGUCAGUUGACUAAAUUUGAGGGAGUUCUCAACAAUCUAGAAGUAUUAGAUUUAUCAAAUAAUCAUAUAGAUUCAAUUAAUUUAAAUUCGCAUCCUGAUUUAAUUAAAUUAAAUUUAUCAAAUGCUCAAUUAGACUUGGUUAAACCUACCAAGAUUGCAAAUUCGUGUGAAGUUUUAGAUCUAUAUUCAAUCAAACCUAUAAGAUUUAUAAGUGUUCGUUAUAGGUUUCCAUAUCAUUUGAAACAAUUAAGGAUUUCAGUAUUAACAGAUUUAGUUCCAAAUUUAUUAGAUGUUUUAAAUGAUAAUAUUGAAGUUCUAAUUAUUGAUGGUUGUAAGAAUGAAAAAUCAAUUGAAGAACUAACUUUAAAUUUAACAUUUUUGGUAUUCUUAGAAAAAUUUCAAAUUAGUUUAACACCAGAUAUAUCUUUAAAAAUACGUCAAUUAAAUGAAUUGAAGAUAUUAAAUUUACAAAAUUUAAAACUUGAAAAUUGCUUAAACGAUGUUAUUUUAAAAGAAUUCCACGCAAAGAAUGUUACAUUUAAUACAAAAUCUACAUUAAAUAAAUCGGUUGUUAAAUAUAGUAUUUAUGAAUGUAAAAAAACUGAAAAUUUAAAAAGAUUUGCAAUAACUGAAAAGUGUUUAUAUCGUGAAACUAGAUUAGAUAUAUAG